UAUGAUUAUUGUUUUUGUUGCUGUUAUUAUUAUUAUUAUCGCGGUCACGGCGACUUUUGUGCAUUUUGUUUCGCUGUAGCUGGCUGCAAAUGCAAGCCCGAAGCGACGAGUGCGCUAAUGCACGUUUGCAUGCACGUUUGUGCAAGAGCGUAAAAAGAAAGAAAGAAGAGAGGGAUGUCGAAAGGUUUCCAGCAGAGUUUCCAACACGGGCCUUCCCUUGUGCAGGCUUGCUUUUACAGGGGGGCGGGCGGGCGAGUGUAAACAUUGGGCCAAAAACAAAGGGGAACGCGUUCUACUGCUCCACGACUACUUGGAAAUAACAUGGCCUGGGGUACUACACUCGUACUAUUGGGAUUAUUCGGCGCUUUAUGCAGCGACGACGGCCUUUGUUUUGACAGCCUGGCAGCUGCUGGCCAAGCGAAGGGGGCGGAGUUUGUUGUUGUUUCCAGGCGCAUGCGCAGUUGAGCGCUCCCGCAAAACAUGUGGCGACUUUCAUUCGAUUUCCAUUUGACCCGCGUCGCGCUCAGCUGUCGGCCAACACGACGGUUGCUUUAUUUAGCCACGCGAGAAGUUGUCGACGUUUUAACAGCAAAGUGAGGAUUUCGUGAUGGGUUUGGUGUGCGUGUGGGGGAGUGUAUUUUGCGGACAUGAAAGGCAAUUUUUAAGAUGAAAAGUUGUCACUUUGAUUGGUUUGAGAAAAAGCUUUUGGGGAGGGGAAAAACUGCGCAAGAAUGUUUUUCUUUCGAGAGAGAACAUUUUCCAAGGAAACGAAGAUGCAGCACAAUGCGGAGGGCGCGUGCAAGUGCAACGGCUGGAAGAGUCAGAACCCGCCGCCGACGCCGCCGCGCAGCGAGCAGCAGCAGCCCGUCGCCGGCAGCCUGCACGAGCCCUGCCGCAGCUGCUCGCACACGCUGGGGGAUCACGUGAGCCAUCUGGAGCUUGUUCCCGAGGACGAGAUCAACCGGCUGCUGGGCAUGGCGCUGGACGUGGAGCACCUGUACACGUGCGUGCACAAGGAGGAGGACGCCGAUACCAAGCAGGUCUACUUCUCCCUCUUCAAACUGCUGAGGAAAUCCGUCCUGCAGAUGGGCAAGCCCACGCUGGAAGCGCAGGAGAGCCCGCCCUUCGAGAGGCCCAGCAUCGAGCAGGGAGUCAACAACUUCGUGCAGUACAAAUUCAGCCACCUGCCGUCCAAGGAGCACCAGACCAUCGUGGAGCUGGCCAAGAUGUUCCUCAAGCAGAUCAACUUCUGGCAGCUGGAGACGCCGUCGCAGAGGCGCCAGAGACUCCCCAACGACGACACGGCCGGAUACAAGGCCGACUACACCAGGUGGCUGUGCUUCUGCAACGUGCCGCAGUUCUGCGACAGCCUGCCGCGGUACGACACCACGCAGAUCUUCGGCCGCACGCUGCUGCGCUCCGUCUUCACCGUCAUGCGCAAGCAGCUGCUGGAGCAGGCCCGGCAGGAGAAGGACAAGCUGCCGCCCGAGAAGAGAACGCUCAUCCUCACGCACUUUCCCAAGUUCUUGUCCAUGCUGGAGGAGGAAGUCUACAGCCACAGCUCCCCCAUCUGGGGCCAAGAAUUCUCAGCAGGAGCCCCCGGGGGUCAGAUUCCCGUCCACACGGUGGUCAGUGCGCCCCCAGUGGCCAGGCCCUUGUACUACAGCAUCAGCCCAGCGUCGUCCGCGGACCUCUCGAGCGGCGCCGGCAGUCCCGCCAGGAAAACAUCUACGGCGCUCGAGCCGCCCGCCGUCGGCGAGAAGCGCAAGCCGGCCGAGCCGCUCCCCCAAGAGGGGAGCAAGCGGCCCAGGGUGCUGGGCGACAUCCCCGUGGAGCUCAUCGACGAGGUGAUGGCGACCAUCGCCGACCCCGCCGCCGUCCCGGAGACGGGCCUGCUGUCGGCCCACUCGGCCCGGGACGAGGCGGCGCGCCUGGAGGAGCGGCGAGGCGUGAUCGAGUUCCACGUCAUCGGCAACUCGCUGAACCAGAAGCCCAACAAGCGGAUCCUCAUGUGGCUGGUGGGCCUCCAGAACGUCUUCUCGCACCAGCUGCCCCGCAUGCCCAAGGAGUACAUCACGCGCCUCGUCUUCGACCCGAAGCACAAGACGUUGUCGCUGAUCAAGGACGGUCGCGUGAUCGGAGGAAUCUGCUUCCGGAUGUUUCCUUCGCAAGGCUUCACUGAAAUCGUCUUCUGCGCCGUCACGUCCAACGAGCAGGUUAAGGGCUACGGCACCCACCUGAUGAACCACCUGAAGGAAUAUCACAUCAAGCACCACAUCCUCAACUUCCUCACCUACGCCGACGAGUACGCCAUCGGCUACUUCAAGAAGCAGGGUUUCUCCAAGGACAUCAAGGUGCCCAAGGCCAAGUACGUGGGCUACAUCAAGGACUACGAGGGCGCCACGCUCAUGGGCUGCGAGCUCAACCCCAGCAUUCCCUACACCGAGUUCUCCGUCAUCAUCAAGAAGCAAAAAGAGAUCAUCAAGAAGCUGAUCGAGAGGAAGCAGGUCCAGAUCCGCAAAGUCUACCCGGGCCUGUCGUGCUUCAAGGACGGCGUGCGGCAGAUCCCCAUCGAGAGCAUCCCGGGCAUUCGUGAGAGCGGCUGGAAGCCGCCGGGCAAAGGGAAGGAAGCCAAGGACCCCGAGCAGCUGUACGGCGCGCUCAAGAGCAUCCUGACGCACGUCAAGAGUCACCAAAACGCGUGGCCCUUCAUGGAGCCUGUGAAGAAAACGGAGGCGCCGGGAUAUUACCAAGUCAUCCGCUUCCCAAUGGACCUGAAGACGAUGAGCGAGCGUCUGAAGAGCCGCUACUACACCACGCGCAAACUCUUCAUGGCCGACAUGCAGCGUGUCUUCACCAACUGCCGCGAGUACAACCCUCCCGAGAGCGAGUACUACAAGUGCGCCAACCUCCUCGAGAAGUUCUUCUACACCAAGAUCAAAGAGGCCGGGCUCAUCGACAAGUAGAUGGCCGCCGUCCUGCCAAAAACCGAGCGAGGAGAAGUUGCUCUCCUCAUAUGAAAAUGUACAUAACAUCUAUUUUGUUUCAUGUAGGGCAGCCGUGUGACUAUCAAAAAUUGCACUUUUGAUUCUGUGUGUAUUUCCUUUCCUGACAAUUUGACUGCUGUUAACCGAUUUAAAUUAAGUCUUAAUUUAUUCGCUGAUAUAUUUUUGCUGCAGAUAGAGAUUGACAACUUUAUACUUUGUGGAAUACGGUGUAGUUUUUCUGUUUUGUAUAAAGAAAAAAAAAAUUUUUUGUAAGAGGCUCUUUGUACAGUUGAUUUUAACGACGCAGUAUUAGUCGCUUUUACAGACGGAAUAAAAACUAAAAGGCUC